AUGAACCACCACAAUCACCAGUCAGACAUCGUUCACCACGAUCACAAUCAGCUUGACAGCACCCCGAGCCAACACCACCAUCACCACCCGACCAUCCCCCCCUGCCCCACACCCCCACCAGCACUCCCAUCACCACCACGAGCACCCCCCCAGCAUCACCCUAUAUCACCCGCACUAUCCCCACGCAAAUCACGCCCUCCAUCUGACCACCAUAAGCAGACCCCCCAAAACUUCAGCCUCCCAGCACCUACCACCCCAAUCCCCGACCACCUCCCCCUCCUGCACACCACAACACCAAAAAGCUCCCGCCCCCACUACCACAACCACCAUCACAACUUCCCCCACGCCCAGCACCGCAACAUCACCAGCCCCCCAACCACCAUCUUCACCACUAACCACCAACCUCCAUCCACCACCACCUCCAACCGACCACAACCACCACGAGCCACCACGCAUCACCACCCCUCUACGCACCAACCAUCACCACCUCCAUCAUCGAUCAUAAUCACCAUCACCCCACUGGUCGCCCCGAACCACCGACAGAGCAGGCAAGCACCAACCCAACCCCCCCUCCUGCCCCCCACCCGUCAACACAACUCCCAGAACCACCAUGCCCAACACCAAGCCAGAACCGCCAACCCUUCACCAGUCACCAGUACGCAACACCAUCAUCUCAACCCCCAACACCAUAAACCAGCAGCAAUCACACCCUACCAUCACCCUCCAGAACCACCCCCCACCUCAACCACCACGGUCCACACAACUACAACAACUACAACCACAACAAGCUCCAACAUCCGCCCCCCACACCCCCCCCAUACCACCACCACUUCCACCACCACAAACCCCCUCACUCAUCGUCCCCCUGCACACCCACAACCGCCCAAAUCACCUCCUUAG